AUGGAUGAAGGCUUCAGAGACCGGACGGCCUUCAUUCGUGGGGCAAAGGACAUCGCCAAGGAAGUCAAGAAGCAUGCGACCAAGAAGGUGGGCAAAAGCGUGGACCGAGUGCAAGACGAGUACACCAAGCGCUCCUACGCACGCUUCGAGGAAGACGAUGACGAUGAAGACUACCAGCCCCAAGAUGGCUACUACCGUGGGGAGCCGGCGGUCGACGACGAAGGGGCUUCCAGCGAUGCCACCGAAGGCCACGACGAAGACGACGAGAUCUACGAGGGCGAAUACCAAGGCAUCCCCCGCAACGACUCCCUCAAAGGGGGGGACCACUUGACGGCCAACCAGCAGGUGGUGAGCGAGUUCAGGGACUUUGACGAUCUGGAAGGAGACAAGAAGAAGGAGAAGGAGGAGUUAUCCCAGCAGUACGAGCUCAUUCUGCAAGAGUGUGGACACGGGCGCUUCCAGUGGACCCUGUACUUUGUGCUUGGACUUGCCCUCAUGGCCGACGGGGUGGAGAUCUUUGUGGUGGGCUUUGUCCUUCCCAGCGCUGAGAAGGAUAUGUGCUUGUCAGACUCCAACAAGGGAAUGCUGGGCCUCAUAGUCUACCUGGGGAUGAUGGUCGGCGCGUUCCUGUGGGGCGGCCUGGCGGAUCGGCUCGGGCGCAGGCAGUGCCUCCUGAUGUCCCUUUCUGUCAACAGUGUCUUCGCCUUCUUCUCCUCCUUCGUCCAGGGCUACGGCACUUUCCUCUUCUGCCGGCUGCUCUCUGGCGUGGGCAUCGGGGGCUCGAUCCCCAUUGUCUUCUCCUACUACUCUGAGUUCCUGGCCCAGGAGAAACGAGGGGAACACCUCAGCUGGCUGUGCAUGUUCUGGAUGAUCGGGGGCAUCUACGCAUCCGCCAUGGCCUGGGCCAUCAUCCCCCAUUAUGGGUGGAGCUUCCAGAUGGGCUCUGCAUACCAGUUCCACAGCUGGCGUGUCUUCGUCCUGGUCUGUGCCUUCCCCUCCGUCUUCGCCAUCGGGGCUCUCACCACCAUGCCAGAGAGCCCACGCUUCUUCUUGGAGAAUGGCAAACAUGACGAGGCUUGGAUGGUGCUGAAGCAGGUCCAUGACACCAAUAUGAGAGCCAAGGGGCACCCGGAACGGGUCUUCUCAGUCACCCAUAUCAAGACCAUCAAGCAGGAGGAUGAACUAGUAGAGAUCCAGUCCGACACGGGCACCUGGUAUCGGCGCUGGAUGGUCCGUUGUUUAAACCUUUCACAGCAAGUCUGGGCCAAUUUUCACCAGUGCUUUGCUCCCGAGUAUCGCCGCGUGACGCUCAUGAUGAUGGCAGUCUGGUUCACCAUGUCUUUCAGUUACUACGGCUUGACCGUCUGGUUCCCAGACAUGAUCAAGCACCUUCAGAACCUGGAGUACGCCUCGCGUACCAAAGUCCUUGACCGGGAGCAGGUGCAUCACUUCACCUUCAACUUCACCCUGGAGAACCAGAUCCACAGCCGCGGGGAAUACUUCAACGACAAGUUCAUAGGCCUCAAGAUGAAGUCAGUCUCCUUCGUGGACACCUUGUUUGAGGAAUGCUAUUUCGAAGAUGUCACCUCCAGCAAUACUUUCUUCAAGAAUUGCACCUUUGUCUCCAGCAUCUUCUACAACACAGACCUCUUCGAAUACAAGUUCAUCAACUGCCGCAUCGUCAACAGCACUUUCCUGCACAACAAGGAGGGCUGCCAGCUGGACUUCAGCGACGACAACAGCGCCUACAUGAUCUAUUUUGUCAGCUUCCUGGGCACGCUGGCUGUGCUGCCAGGGAACAUUGUCUCUGCCCUCCUGAUGGACAAGAUCGGGCGCCUCCGGAUGCUGGCUGGGUCAAGCGUCAUGUCUUGUGUGAGCUGCUUCUUCUUGUCCUUUGGGAACAGCGAGUCGGCCAUGAUUGCCCUCCUCUGCCUCUUCGGGGGAGUCAGCAUCGCUUCCUGGAAUGCCCUGGACGUCCUCACAGUGGAACUGUACCCGUCCGAUAAAAGGACGACUGCCUUUGGCUUCCUCAACGCCCUCUGCAAGCUGGCUGCUGUCCUGGGUAUCAGCAUCUUCACUUCCUUCGUGGGCAUCACCAAAGCGGUGCCCAUCUUGCUGGCUUCGGCAGCGCUCGCUGUGGGCAGCUCACUGGCUCUCAAGCUGCCAGAGACGCGGGGGCAGGUUCUACAGUGA